AUGGACGACUAUCAAUCCAUUCAAUUUUACUUCCUCGAUGAGGAUGUAAUGUACCUGAAAGUGAAAGAUUGUGAUGAACCGUUGCCAAGUGAAGGUCUAGAUCCAAAAUCCUGUUGGGGUUUGAUAUUUGAUGAAGUUGUUAAUGCUUAUGGAAAUGGAAUUGGGGUAGUCAUUGUCACUCCUCAAGGUUCUCAUAUUCCAUUUACCGCAAGUUUGACAUUCACUUGUACGAACAACAUGAUCAAAGAAGAAUGGGAAACCUGUCAUCAUGGUUUGAUUCCUUACAAAGAUUAUGCGAGGAGGCUAUCAACUUUCUUCAGCCAAAUUGAAUUUCAUCAUAUACCUCGUGAGGAGAAUCAGAUAGCAGAUGCUCUAACAACUUUAUCCUCCAUGAUUGUUGUGAACUGGUGGAAUGAUGUGCCUACAAUAAAUGUUAUGCGCCUCGACAGACCUGCUCAUGUGUUCGCCUCGGAAGAGGUCAUUGAUGGGAAACCAUGGUAUCAUGAUAUUAAAUGCUUUAUUCAAAGACAAGAGUACCCACCUGGGGCAUCAAACAAAUAUAAGAAGACUCGUAAAAGAGAAGGCGACCUCGUGCUCAAAAAGAUCUUGUCUUUCAUUACUGAUUCUAAGGGCAAGUGGGCUCCUAAUUAUGAAGGAUUAUAUGUUGUUAAGAGAGCUUUCUAUGGUGGUGCUUUAAUCGUUACAACUAUGGAUGGUGAGGAGCUCCCUCGUUCUGUGAGUGCUGAUGUAGUCAAGAAAUAA